ACUCAGUGCAUGCACACACACACACAGAGAGAGAGAGAGAGAGAGAGAGAGAGAGAGAGAGAGAGAGAGAUGUCUGGUAAAUGAUUGGUUCACAGCCUAGGACCCCAGUCAUAAGAAGAAGGAAGGAGACGUAUAAAUACAAACAAUAGUAGCAGAAGUGGAAUAGAAGCCGAACACACAAAUACAUGAAGAGAUGGUGGAAAAAAGGAAAGUAAAGGAGAGAGGACAUUGGGCUAGUAAAACAGAAUUCAUUCUGGCUGUAGCAGGAGACAUAGUGGGUCUGGGCAAUGUUUGGAGAUUCCCCUACCUCUGCUAUAGGAAUGGAGGGGGGGUAUUCUUGGUGCCUUACCUGGUGCUUGCUGUGACCUGUGGUUUGCCACUAUUCCUUCUGGAGACAGCUAUGGGACAGUACACACAAGAGGGUGGCAUCACCUGUUGGCAGCGUAUUUGUCCACUGGCUAAGGGUGUUCGAUAUGCCGGUCAGUUGCUUGAACUCUAUGGCUGCGUGUUAUACAUCAUAAUACUUGCCUGGGCACUGCUUUAUUUGGUCUUAUCCUUCAAGUUUCAGCUUCCCUGGGCCAGCUGUGAUAACAUCUGGAACACAGAUGACUGUAUAGCUAUUGGAAAUGAUCUUAAUUGGACAAGACAGGCCAACUCAACACCAGCAGCCACUGAAUUUUGGGAGAGAAGAGUGCUUUCUAUCUCUAAAGGCAUUGAAGAUAUUGGAAAGGUCAACUAUGAGAUUGUCUUAUGUCUAAUUGCGAUGUGGAUCCUCUGCUAUUUCUGUAUCUGGAAAGGAGUCAAGUCUACAGGGAAGGUGUGUUCAUAUACUUUUAUUCUGUACUUAGCUAUGAAUUAUAUAUCAAUUCUUAAAAUGGCUAAUUUAUACAUUUAUACAUUUAUGGUCAUAAAGCAGUAUGAAACAGUAAGGCCUACUUUACAUCAUAUAUUCUAUAUCCUCUCUUCUCAGGUGGUGUAUUUUACAGCAACGUUCCCCUAUGUGAUGCUGCUGGUGUUGCUGAUUCGUGGACUAACUCUGCCUGGGGCCAUGCAGGGUGUUAAAUUCUACCUCUAUCCUGACUUUCAACGGCUGUUGGAGCCUCAGGUAUGGAUGGAGGCAGCCAGUCAAAUUUUCUACUCAUACAGUAUAGGUGUUGGUGUAUUGACUGUACUAGGCAGCUACAACCAAUACAACAACAACUGCUACAGGGACUGCUUUUGGCUGUGUCUGCUCAACAGUUGCACCAGUGUUGUAGCAGGCUUUGCAGUGUUCUCAGUUCUGGGCUUCAUGGCUCAUGUGCAAGGUGUUCCUAUAGAGGAUGUGGCCGAGUCAGGUCCUGGCCUAGCUUUCAUAGCGUAUCCUCAGGCAGUUGCUAUGAUGCCUCUUCCUCAGCUGUGGGCUGUGUGCUUCUUCCUUAUGAUUAUUCUUCUGGGUCUGGACACACAGUUUAUUACAAUGGAGGUGAUCAUUACAUCAGUGACGGACAUGUUUCCCCGAGUGCUGCGUAGAACUGGACGGCGUGAGAUCUUCCUGCUUCUCUUCUGUGUUUUCUGUUUCUUCUGCCAACUCAUCAUGGUCACAGAGGGGGGGAUGUAUGUGUUUCAGCUGUUUGACUACUACGCCUGUAAUGGAGUAUGCAUCGUCUUUAUCUGUGUGUUUCAGUGCCUGGCAGUGGGCUGGGUCUUCGGCGCUGGACGAAUGUCUGAGGUCAUUGAAGAUAUGACAGGGUCAUACCCUAACAUCAUCUUUCGGAUGUGCUGGAAAUAUGUCACCCCAUUUCUCUUACUGGUAUGUUUCAUAUAUUUUUUGGUUGACUAUCAGCCUUUGAAAUACAACCGCUGGUACGUGUACCCAGACUGGGCGUAUGCACUGGGCUGGUUGAUGGCUCUGUCUUCAAUGCUGCUGGUUCCUGGAUGGGCAUUGGGCCGCCUUUGCACAUUGAAAGGGAGCCUCAGACAGCGCUGGCUUUACCUGUGUGGUCCUGACAGCAAGUUACCAUUGACCCAGAUGCAGAGAGCUAGAAUGCAAUCAGCAGUUUGACAAAGCCAACAGUACUGCACUGUAAAACUGGAUAGUUCAUCUAACACAAAAAAUUUGAGGAAACUAAGGAUUACCUCAAAAUUUUUAAGUUUAUAAAUCAAUUUCUUUAAGCCAAAUACACUUAAAUAUAACAAAAAUUUAACUCAAACUUGUUAUAACUGUCAUGAUAGUUGUUAAUCAUCACCGAUAUUGGAUUAGGGCCGAUCCACAAGAUGGAUGAGCAGCACUCAGACGCUUGCUGCGGGCCUGCGGGUCUGACUCUCCAUGCCAAAGACCUGGGCAAGACAGGCAGGACCCUUGUGGGCACCGGAACUGCUUUGUGGUCAAGGAUGGAUUAAAAACUGGAUUAAAAAAAAAAACAAAACAACUUGGCUGAUACACCCUGGAGGCCCCCACGCUCCCCUGCGACGCAUGCUGUCCAUGCCAAAGGUUCUAAUGUGAAUGCUGUAAUGUGAAUGCUGGCAGUGUUGGUAUUAGCAGCAGUCUUGAUAGAAUCCUUGGCAUUGUUCACUAUUUCAGCAUUGUUUCAGUUUCAGUUAACAACAGUGCUCGGUUCUCCACU